AUGCCGCCUACAGUCAAACGCAAAUCGGUCAAUACAAAUGUGAACUUCCACAUGGGAAAUACCCUUUCAUCUGCCUUUAAAAUGGUCCAGUUCAGAGAUGUACCAAUACAAAACAUACCCAGCAGAUACCACCCCCAAAAGGUUCUGGGGAAAGGCAGCUGUGCAGUUGUCCUCCAGUGUGAGGACAGCCAAACCAAACAGACUGUGGCUGUAAAGCUGUCCACAUCUGUUGUUUCUUUAAAGACAGAGGUCCUUCUGCUAAAACAGCUGAAUGAGAAAUCUGCAGAGGACAGCUUUGUGAAGGUCCUGAGUUCUACAUGGCCAUACAGGUGUCUGGUUAUGGAGAUGCUGGACAUGGACUUCAGUAGCUAUGUCCGUGAGAAUGCUCCCAUGAGGCUUCAGGACAUACGGACAGUGAUGGAGCAGCUCGCUGUGGCGUUAAAGACUCUCAAGAACAACCGCAUUAUCCACACUGACUUCAAACUAAGCAACAUUAUGCUGGAAGAUACUCGUCAAAAACCUUUGAAAGUGAAAAUCAUUGACUUUGGCCUGGCCGUUGUAGCUGAAGUGGCGAAAGAGGAAGUUAGACAGCCUUAUACUUACAGGGCUCCUGAAGUCAUUUUUAGGCUCCCAUUCAGUGCUGCGCUGGACAUCUGGUCAUUGGGCUGCAUCAUGGCCAACAUGGCCUUUGGGGUGUACCUGUUCCCGGGCAAAACUGUCUUCAAUCAGCUCUAUUACAUGACCAUGCUUCUCGGUCCAGCCCCUCAACAUAUUCUCAAUUCAUCAGCUGUGACUAAACACCAUUUCACUCUCACAAAAAGAGGUUGGGUUUUAAAUUGUGUGCCAAAGGAUACGGAGAAAGAGCUCCUUCGCCACAAAAGCUACAGCCUCACUGAACUAGAUGCAGCCAAAAGUGUGCGACUGGAGCCUUCUAACUGUGUGGAGGCUGAAGAGCGAGAGCAGUGCAUAGAGCUUCUCAAGGCGAUGCUAACGUGGGACGAGAAGGACAGGAUCACGGCCCGGGACAUCCUCCAACACCCGUUUAUCACUAGAAGUUUCCUCAAAGCCGACCAUAACAAAGACAGUCCAGCGGAUGUGGACCGUUUGUGUUAUCCAUCAACUUCACAAUGGUUACAGUCCGGAUCUGCAGAGAACGGGAGCACUGCACUGAACGCGCUGAGCCGUGAGUCAUGUUCAGAGACGUCUUUCACAACCAGGAUUUGA